AAAAAAAAGGUUCACUUGAUUGAACAUGCUAAUGAAUAUUAAUUCAAAAUCCGUGGAAACACACCACAUGCAAACAAAAAAAAUAAAUCCACCAUGAAUUUGUUCCAAAUUGGAAAGUAUGUAGGUGUGAGUGAGAGGAACAAUUUUAAAAUUGUGGAAUGAAUUUAACAAGUAUCAAUUAAUGAAAAAAAACAACAACCGCGAUUUUUGUGACAUCAUUUUACGUACGUUUUGUGUCGCUUUAAGCAUCCGUUUUAAAAAUAUUCUAAACGUACGACCUGCUCAAACUCAUGCCGAUCGACAGUGAAUAGAAUAUUUUUCGUCUGCUUCUCUCAGCAUUUCGUCACAUUAGCUUAAUCACAUGCCGCGUUAGUUGGUUUUUUCUAUGCUGCUGUUGUUGUUGUUGUACCGAGUGAAACCAAAAUAAUAUCAAAUACACGUACGCAAAAGGGAAGCACAUUGUUCUUCUGUGCAUUUAACGAAUGCAAUGUACGAAAUUGUGUAGAACAAAAAACAUUUUCUUUUGUGUAAAGAAAAAAAGCAGCUGCUGUUGCGAAACCCAACGUCAGUUCAGUUCUCCGAAAUUUAUCUCAGCGCAAAUUGUUACUAGCAUUGUCUUGACUGCUCAGUGGCCAUAAAUCGUUUGGAUUUUCGCUUCUAUUUGAACAAAUUAUCGUUUGACCCCAUGCAUUGCGUGCACUAUCAAUGAUAAACUAUCCGAAAAAAUAGCGCAAUCAAUUUUCGUACAAUGAAAUUGGCAGUAAUGGCACGGUUAAAAAUGAGUUUUUACACAAGCGCAAAAUUGUCUGUAUCUCUCGUACGAAUCAAUUGAAACAAACGAAGAUUGAAUGCUCAGUGAUGAUACCCAGUUGUUUUAUAAUUUACAAGCUCUGGCUAAAACUGAGUUAUAGUAUAGAGUUAGUUUUAGACAGAAACGCAAUUCUCUCGCUCUAAAUGCUGUCGAAACGGUCCCGAAUCCGGUUCAGUGAGUAAGAAUUAAUUGGCACCGGGAGGAAUAGUUAAGUAGUUGAAUUGUUUAUGUGUCUUUACAUAUAUAUGUGUGUGUGUGUCGUUGGAUUCAAUUAUUAUCAUCAACAAAACGACUUUUGAUGUGCCAUUUGGGCGAUAUAUAAAUAAACACAUCAUUCCAUUUAUUAUUUAAAGUCCAAUUUUUCAAGUGAUUUCAACUAUCGUUGAUAAAUAAUCGGUUGCUUCAUUAUUCUACAAUUAUUUCCAAUUAUUUCAUUAUUCUUCAGUUUCAUUUAAAAGUAACACAGAAUCAAAUAUGAAUACAUGAUACAAAUUACGCUCCAACGAGCUACUCAUUCAGAAUAAGUGUACAUUUUGAUUUUUCGCUGCAAACGUUUUUUUUUCUUGCUUUGUUCAUGACAUUAAGCUUAAUUUGCCAAAUGUUUACAUAACGCAUUCGACGAACGCGUGAAUAGAAAUAAGAGUAUUAUUAGCGAAUCAAAUAAGUAAAGAAAAAUCACCCAUAAGUAUAUCAUAUAAUAAAGACGUAUUCCGGAAUGAAUUUGAACUAAAUCUGGGUUGUGACGUGCGAUGAAUAAAUUUUCAUUCUAUGCCCAAAUCGGAACAAUCAAUUUUGCGAGUGGAAAGAGCUACAAUAUUACACCGCACGGCCCGGCAAAUAAAGAGAGAAACGAGAAAAAAUCAUACCGUACGAUGUAAAGUCAAAAAUAAUCAUUUCCAUUUUAUAUUACAUAAGAUACAGAACUGUGUGUCAGCAUUGAAAAUGUGUGUAUAUAUAAUAUUGUGAGCGUGCGAUUCGGACGCACCUCAGUCAGUCAGUCAAUCUCUUUCGCGGUGAGUUGACAACAUUUCACUUUCAUUUGCAUUUGAAUGUCGCGUCGACUUCGCCACCGUAGGUACAUUUGCAAUUUGUGGUGGAUUUAUGCAUGAAUAACUUUUAUCAACGGUCAACCAUCCCUAUCCGCUUUCUCAAUGGGCUACGAACAUAUUUUUUCUCUCUCUGUGCUGAGUUUCUAUGAGAAACAAACUUGAGAAUUUCAUUUUCAUUCUUGAUUAUAAAAAUAUUAUGCUAGCAAUUGGCACAUGUGAUCGUAACGAAUUAUUAUCGUGUUCGUUCUUGCGUUCAACUUGCUUUUCGAGAACUAAUUUUUUCAACAUUUAUCGCAUAUCAAAUGGUUGAACGUGACUGUGUGUGAACAUUUUGAUUGAAAUCACAAACGCAAUGGAGUCAUACACAGCUGACCGAGGACUUUAUACGAAAUUCAUUUGUGUGAAUGCAUGUCAAUAAGCGUAAACAUGGGCCACAUGAUUUGUUUUUCAUCACAAUCUUCACAGUGGAACAUUUUGCUGUAAUUCAUUGUCUCAUUUAUAUACCCAUCUACAUACCCCCAUCGGCAGUGAACUUUGGAUGUGACGAUGAUGAAAUUAUGUACAUUUUCAUCGAGUAUCGAAGGAAAGUUUUUAUGCAAAUUCCCUCAAACACUCUACAAAUUAACAAUUGAUUUUGCGCUGCAAGAGUUCCAUCGUUCAAGUUUGAGUUGGAUCUUUCAAAGACGAUGACCUUUGAAUAAAAUUUGACACGAGACAACAACAUUGUUGCCCAAUCACUCAAAGAAACUUGGCCCUAUUCCGAAAAUAUCCAAGUCAAUGUUAUCGUGUUCAUUGUUUCAAUCGCGUCGAAGAAGCGUUACCAGCUGACACGUACACCGCUGAAAAAAUAACAAAUUAAGCUGGAUUAAUUCAAGAAAUUCGUUUCACUUUCAGAACGGUGAAUGGAAACAACGACGCAUAAAAAACAAUUUUAAAAUGAUUAUCAUGAAGGUUAUGUUCACCUAAGUGGACAGAAGCGCGCAUUUAUUUGUUGAGCAGGCAUAACAUGUUUUUUUUGUGUGUGUGUGUGUAGGCUUCAAGCAAAUUUGUCUUCUAAUGAAUUCAUCGUGUUUUGUCUUCUAAUGAAGACAAAAACACGAUGGAUACAAACAUGUCGAAAAAUGAAAGAAAAAAUGUUGAAAAGUAAGUCAAAAAGGAAUUCAUAACAGAAAGUGAGUCUAUUUUGGGAGAAGCCGACACAAAUCCAAUUUAAAAUUUCUCAAGCUUCUGUAUCGUUUAAAGUGCAUCCCUUCGGGCCAUGAGCAUAUAGCGUCGAGCGAUUAAUGUGAUCGAAUCCGGAUGAAAUAUGCAUGCGAUAUGACAAGUGAUACAAAAUCGAUAAUGUGUCUUAUAUCGUGCAUGUAUAAAUAGAUAGUCUUCUCGUUGUUGAACAUAGUGAAAACUGUACUUCUAUCGAUAGAGGAGAGGAGAACUGUAAAACUUUGUUUGCGGUUGACAUCAUCGAUAGCAUGCAAAUUUCAUUUGUAUUCAGAAGCACGUUAAACUUUAAUGUCCAUAACUAUUACAUGACAUAUGAAAAUUGAAUGAACAGAAGCGGUGUGGACAGUGAGACAGAGAUGGAAGGAACUCAACUUGACCGCACACAUUGCGAUAUUGUGCACCUAACAAUCAAAAAUGAGUGGGUCAAGCGAAUGCAUAUCGCGUUUCAAUGUAGGCAAUAUAGUGUACCAAACUAGCCACUUUAGAGUCAUUAAUGAAGAUUCUAUGACGCAAGCACAUUCUUGUUCGUUUGCUAAGGUGCUUCACAUAGGAGAAACAUCGUACACAGAAUGAAACGAAAAGAAACGCAACAGUUCAAAGGUUUUUUUUUCCAUUGCCAGUUUUCAUAUAAAACGACAGCUUCGUGAUUACCGUUUGAAACCGCAACACACACACACGCCAAGCCACCAAUCAAUUGUGGCUUGAAAAAGUCUUUCAUACUAUGUCAAAUGAAUGUUGCGACUCACUUUUAUCCAGUUUAACAAACUAAAUAACGUGAUCCCAUUACAAAGGUACUUUGCGCUGAAUUGCAAGGAUUUUAAACCACUUGAAAACAUUGAAAUUUCCCAUGCGAAAAAAUAACAGUUAUAAUUUGACCUUUUCCCCAUCGAAUACGAUUCUCACAUCAUUCGGAAUAAGAGAAGAAAAAACAUCUCGCCAUUUCAUAGGAACCAAACAUCUGCUCGAAAUGAUAUUUUAGUUUACAAUAAAUGCUGCGUUUUUUCUUCUCUUUCUCGGUUUUCAAAGUUGACAUUUAUAUAACGAUUGAUGAAAUGAAUGAAAAAAAUAUUCUUUUUCCAUGAAUAAUUGGAUAAUAGUCAUUGUUAGAGACUUUGAUUGCAAUUCACGUAUCAUUCGAUUCUGUGUGAAUGUAUGCAUAUGUAUGAUAAUGACUCACAGUUUUACGAAAACCGAGAGAGAGAGAAUGAGACAGAGUAGGUGGCUGGCGAUGAUAGCAUACUGAGGCGCGAGCGCUUCAAGCAAUUCAGCGCAAUUCAAGUGCGCGACAAAAGUGUGAACUUGACAAGCAAGAUAUAUACGUUUGAGCAAAGCUGUGGGCGUAAUAAUCCAGAGUAAUCAAUGGCAGCUUAAGAAUGAAUCUCGGCGUUUCAAUCACGUUUUCACACCAAUUCAAAUGGGCUAAAAUUUUCAAUAACAUGCGGCACUUUUGUAACAAGUGCACAAAGAGAAAUUGAAUACACACACAUACGCACAAACACUCGUCGUACACACACAUACGCACAAACACUCGUCGGCGUUCAUUGUGUAAUCCGCUUUGCCACUGAUUAUUUCUGUUGAUACGGCCAUCUGGCUAUAUAUACAUUAUCAUCUAUAUUUUGCUGAUAAUUGCAUUGGUUUGAUAAGAUAAGCAGAAUUAGAGAAUUCAAUGCACCAUUUUUGGUAUAUCUAAUGAUUUUAACAAUAAAUCUAACCCAUUUGCAAAUUACCACAGAAGCAAUCAGUUUUAGGGAAAAUGUAUAAUAUUUAAGAAUUCAAAAUUAAAACAAUUGUAACAUCGUUGAGAUAGUUUGAGUGGUAGCAAUUAAUUUGGUGUAAUCGAGCGCACGCGAUAAAUCGAACAAAAAAAAAAACAAAAACAAUUUAAAUAGUCAAGGAUUUCAAAGGAUAUCAGGCAUCCAAUCAUGAUGAGCGCUUCAAUUUAAGUGAUUGUUUCAAUUGAUAUCGAAACGAAACAUAUCGUCUUGGUGAAUACAAAACCAGCAACAACAUCGUUCAACGGAAUUUUAAAUGAAAAACGACGGAAAUAUAAAUGUAGUUAAAAGUCGAUUGUUUUAAAUUGUGAUGCAGAGUACCAAAAAAACAGUGCUCAAUACAUAUACAUAUAUAUACAAACGAGUGGUGGAUUUUUUUCUUCGUUGAAUAGACACAAAUCAAACCGAAUUAUUGUGCGUAAGCGAUUAAAUAAAUCACCGAGAAGGACACACAAAGAGAGAGUGACAUCGAAAUUAUCAGCUCAAAAAGGAAUUUAUUUUGAGAAUAAGAAUCGUUGAAAGACGAAAGUGUGUGACUCCGUUUUUGUUUUCAUCGCCGCCGUCGUCGUCGUCGUCGUCGUCGAAUUUGUAUGCGUGUGUAUGCUAUUGCCACGCACUGUUUUGAUACGCUGAGAUCAGUUCAUUGCUCGAGACGUGAAUGAAAGCAUCGUAAUCAUAUCCAAAAUGACGGAGUGGUGUCAAAAAUUAUUUAUAGUGUAUCCAAAAGCCAUAGUUCGUAUAGCAAUUGUGAUAGUGAACAACAUUUAUUGUAUACCCACAUACACAUUAUGGAUGCUUAUGUUGCUGCCACUGAAGCGAUUCAAUCAAAAAUUGUACUACAAAAUAGAGGGUAAAUUUUUCCAUUGGUUGCUGUCAGUGGUGGCGAUGUGGUCUUGGUCGGCCGGCUAUGAUGUGGUCGAGUCAGGUGAUGAUUUGACACCAUGUCAAGAGGAGGGCACCCGAACGUUGAUACUGGCCAAUCAUCAAAGCACAGCCGAUGUACCAUUGUUUAUGGCAUGUUUUAAUGCUAAACCAGAUGUUUUACCAAAUAUUAUGUGGAUUAUGGAUCGUGUGUUUAAGUUUACCAAUUUCGGCAUAGUUAGUGUUUUGCAUAGAGACUUUUUCGUACAAGCGGGACGAAAAACGCGCGAUGCAACCGUGGAAAAUUUGAAGCAUCAUUUACGUGAUACAUUUUUACCAUUGGAACGACGCUGGAUGGUGCUGUUUCCGGAGGGUGGUUUUCUACGAAAGCGUCUUGAAGUGAGCCAAAAAUAUGCGGCAAAAAAUAAUUUGCCCAUGCUAAAGAAUGUGACAUUGCCACGGAUUGGCGCACUCAAAGCAAUUAUGGAAGUUAUUCCACCGCACAACUCCAUCGGUAAUAAUAAUGCGGCAAAACGCACAGAAAACGGCACCAUUCGUCCGUUUGGUAGCCAAGAACACAUUUUCCAGUAUCAAAGCAAGAAAGACGAUGAUACGGAAUCACCAAAUCUGGAUUAUGUUUUGGAUGUAACCGUAGCGUACCCGGAUAACGGCACACCACUUGAUUUACCGACAAUCGUAACCGGCUCACGACCUCCGUGCAAAACACAUUUCCUCUAUCGUCUAUAUCAUUCGUCAGAGAUCCCAAAAGAUGAGCAAACUUUAACGCAAUGGCUAUUCGAUCGUUGGGCCGAAAAGGAGCAAUUUUUAGAGGAAUUUUAUCGAACCGGUGAUUUCCCAUAUGCAUCAGCGUAUCCGCCAACUGUUGUCGAACAGGAUCUACUACGAAUGCUAAUAAUUAAUUUAUUCUUCAUAACCUCAACAUACGUUCACUAUAAAUUAUUUUAUGUAAUAACUAGCCUUAUUCUGUAGUUAGUGCCAUUCAAUUAAGAGAAAAAGAAAGAGACACACAUGCGCACGCACCGCAGCUGUACCACUCAAGCAGAAAAAAAAAACAAAUAAGAAAGAAAUGAAUAAAAAAGGGAAUGAAGAAAGGACAUAUACACAAAACUGAGGAGAAUUAUUAUAGAGCAGAAGUUGGAAAAAGAAUUACCCGUGCAAACAACAGAAGCAAAUGAUUCAAUUCACAAAUGCGCAUACAUAUUACAAAACAAACACACAAAAUUAUACAGCAAUUUGAUAUCAAUAUAUCAAUUUUAUGUUCGUACUUUUAAAGUUCUCACUAAUUUUGUAUGAUAAUGAAUGAAGAAGAAAAUGGUCCGUAAUCCGGAUGAUAUUGAAUCAAGUUUAUUUUUCUAUAUUUAAGUAUGUAAAUUUUUAGUGUUUUUUUCUAUACGAGAAAGAUUUCAUUCAAAGGAGAAGUGGAAAAAGAAGAAAAAAAUCAGUUGGACCGAUUGUGCUGCAUGUGAAUUUGUUUAUUUUUUCUUUUGAGCGGGAAAAAAAGAGAAUAAAAUUUCUUUUUUUAAAUUACAUUUAAGGCUUAGAUGUGUCUUUAAUGUACAAAUGGCAGCGUAUUCGACAGAAAGCAGAAAUCAGAUAACACGUUCUAAAGAAAAUCGAUUGAAUUAGUUAGGCUCUAGCGCACCACAAUGAAACACAUAAACACACACACACACACAAACACCGAACGCAGUUAUAUACCUUUUGCAAUAAGCUCAAAACUUUUGUAGUAAAGUUGAUAAGUGAGGCGAAUAAUGUUUUGAAAUAUAUACAUCCACUUGUUUCAAUCAACGUUUUUUUUUUCGUUCGUUCGUUCGUUCAUUCUUUAUGACUUCUCUACACACAGAAAAGAAUCCCCGGAAAUUUUGGGUGUUCGCCGUAAAAUUUGACAUUUAUAUUUCUAUAUACAUCAUAAAUUUCUAUAUACAUUUUACCGGCAACACUUGAAUUUUCCGGGCGAUGACAUAUUUUCAAACAUUUUAUCAAAUACUAUGUAUAUUUUACCGCUUGAAAUGACAGAGGGCGCUAAUUUCUGUUGGAAUAUUUGAAAUUAUGUCAUCGCCCGGAAAAUUCAAGUGUUGCCGGUAAAAUGUAUAUAGAAAUUUAUAUAUAAAUGUCAAAUUUUACGGCGAACACCUAAAAUUUCCGGGGAUUCUUUUCUGUGUGUAUACAAUACGAUGAUCAUGGUUAAUGUUUUGGAAGCCCUUGACAACCGUAUGUGUGUGUGUGUGGAAACUAAGCGACGGAACAAUAUCUAGGUGUAAGGCGAAUUUCAAGGAACGUAUAUUGAGUUUAAUGUUUAAAAUUUUCAACGGCAAACAUAUAUGUUUUAUGCAUCGUUUCCAAUUUGACUAUAGUCAAGUCACAGUCCUUGCGAUAGGCAUCAAUGAGAAUGUGCGUUACACAGUUCAUAUAUCUAUAUUCAAGGUGGAAAAUCAACAUACGCUCCUUUUAUCGCUAACCAUUCAUUUGUAUUUGAUUUUUAUUACAUGAACAACACAUGCUGAAUAAAUAUUCUUAUGGUAUAAAAACCAAGAACAAUAAAAACAAACCUCAAACGGACAGAGAGA